AUAGAACGGAUCAUUAACUGCACUGUACCAUCAAUUAGUCCAUUAUAAGAGGAUAGAGAUUAAGCUGUGUAAGUCCUGUUAUAUAUUUCAAGUGUUAAUAAGUCUUGUAAAAUUCACUUUUUUCUUGCAGAAAAGAUGAAAAGGAAUAUGCACUGAAACAGAUUGAAGGCACAGGGAUAUCCAUGUCGGCCUGUAGAGAAAUAGCACUUUUGAGAGAACUGAAGCACCCUAAUGUGAUUGCAUUACAGAAGGUUUUCCUUUCUCAUAGUGAUAGAAAGGUGUGGCUGCUGUUUGAUUAUGCUGAACAUGAUUUGUGGCAUAUUAUCAAGUUUCACCGUGCUUCAAAAGCAAACAAAAAACCCAUGCAGCUGCCAAGAUCUAUGGUCAAAUCACUACUUUAUCAGAUUCUUGAUGGAAUCCAUUAUCUCCAUGCAAACUGGGUGCUUCACAGAGACUUAAAACCAGCAAAUAUUCUAGUAAUGGGAGAAGGUCCUGAAAGAGGAAGAGUUAAGAUAGCUGAUAUGGGUUUUGCAAGGCUAUUCAAUUCUCCUCUUAAGCCGCUGGCAGACCUUGACCCAGUUGUGGUGACAUUUUGGUAUAGAGCUCCAGAAUUGUUACUUGGGGCAAGGCACUACACAAAGGCAAUUGAUAUAUGGGCUAUUGGCUGUAUAUUUGCUGAGCUAUUGACGUCAGAACCUAUAUUUCACUGUCGUCAGGAAGACAUCAAAACAAGCAAUCCUUUCCAUCAUGAUCAGCUUGAUCGCAUAUUUAGUGUCAUGGGAUUCCCUGCAGAUAAAGACUGGGAAGACAUUAGGAAAAUGCCAGAAUAUCCUACACUUCAAAAAGAUUUCAGAAGAACAACAUACGCCAAUAGUAGCCUCCUCAAAUACAUGGAGAAACACAAAGUCAAGCCUGAUAGCAAAGUAUUUCUUUUGCUUCAAAAACUUCUGACUAUGGAUCCGACUAAAAGAAUUACCUCAGAGCAAGCUAUGCAGGAUCCUUACUUCCAGGAAGACCCAUUGCCUACAUCAGAUGUUUUUGCUGGUUGCCAGAUUCCGUACCCCAAACGAGAAUUUCUUAAUGAAGAUGAACCCGAGGAAAAGGGCGAUAAGAAUCAACAGCAGCAGAACCAACAUCAGCAACAAACUGGACCUCAGCAGCAGCAAACAGCACCUCAGCAGCAGCAACCACAGCCGCAAGCAGCACCUCAACAGCAAAACAGCACCCAGACCAACGGAACUGCGGGGGGUGGUGGGGCAGGAGGUGGUGGGACUGGGGCAGGCCUCCAGCACAGCCAGGACUCCAGCCUCAACCAGGUGCCUCCAAACAAGAAACCACGCCUUGGGCCUUCAGGCACGAAUUCAGGCGGGCCUGUCAUGCCUUCAGACUAUCAACACUCCAGUUCACGCCUGAGUUACCAAAGCAACAUUCAGGGAUCUUCUCAAUCCCAGAAUACAAUGGGCUAUUCAACAUCAUCUCAGCAGAGUUCUCAGUACCAUCCGUCCCACCAAUCUCACCGGUACUAAAGAGACUUCUUCAUAAAGGGUGUUAGAAAGGAAUGAACUAACAAUGAGUGGACUCCAGCAAUAUGAAGUUCAUAACCAUGAGAAGAACCAAAAAAUGCAAAUUGUGAUGCAGAUUUUAGACUUGCAAACUUUUUAUUUACUAAUUAUUUUAAGACAAGAGACGGUUUUUAUUCUCUUUUUUUUGCCAUAAAGGAGAUUCUUGUGAAGUUUCCCUUCAGCUUGCUUUCGCAUGUGUUCCAUUGUGGUUAUACUCGAUCUGAUCUGAACCAAGCACUUAAACUUCUUUAACCUAUGGAAUUGUUGAAGGAUUCCUGGUGCACCUUUCUCGUGUUGUAGUAAUUGCCAUAAAUCUAACCUUUUCCAAAUCCUUUUACCAGGAUUUUAAAUUUUUGGAAUCUUGAACUCCUGGGCUUUUCAAGCUUGUAUAUAGUUAAUUUUUUUACUAGGCAGACCAGUUUAGCUAUACAGGUAUAAUGCACCUUUUAAAAGCACUAUGUUAUUUUCACAGGAUAUUACUCUUUUGCUCAUGGAUGUCAAGAACAGCAGAUUUUACUAUUCCAGAGUAUUUUAUUAUCUUUUUAGUAGUCUAAUUUUCAGAUGAGAUAUUUAAAAAAAAAGAAGAAAAGAAAAAUAUACAACCCAAGUCUCUGCAGCAGCUAUUACAUGUUAUGUGUUUGGAUUGAACACCAAACAGAAGAUUAUGAAUGUUCCUUUUACCAUUCAGAUGAGCAUCCCAUAGAUGAUUGGUCAUUUUCUUCCAAGUGAAUUGACUGAAGCUUUUGCUUUAUAUUAAGGUAUGGAAGCAAAGCAGAAGACAUCAACUUUUGUGGCUCCAGUAGAACAAAUGUGUCUAUAGUGUCUUCUUUAGUGAUUAUCUGUUACCUGCAGUGGUGUCUUGGCUCUGUGUUGAAUCUCUACAAUUGGGGUUCAGCAUUAAUGGGAUAAAGGGCAAAGGAGGCUUUGCCCCUCCUUUGGGGAGGCUGGGUGGAGGGACGAAGUGUACUCUAAUAUAUAUGUGCAUCUUUCAUUUGUUUCUUACCUAGACUUUGAUUUUGAAACUUGCAGCAGAAACAAACUAAAUGUGCUGUGGCACCUUAAAAGACUAAUAAUUUUGUUCUUGCAUUCGUAUCUGCCCAGUUGCAGAAGACUUGCAAUCAUGAACCUUGAGAAGCCAUUAUUGUCAUUGCUGUUAUUCCUUCAUUAUCCAGUUGAAGCAGAUCAAAUACUGAAAAAGGAGUAGUCGAACAAUGUAUUGAAGUUGCUUGGCCUUCUCAUGUACAAAAUGCAUCUGAUGUUGUUGUGUCACUGCGGUGAUUGAUCCAGAUUAGAUGUGGUAGAUAAGAUAUGCUAUAUUGAAAUGCUUUUUAAUCCUAAUCCAUGCUGUCCUUCCAGUGUUUUGGACUACAAUCCUUGCCAUUGGCUGUGCUAGCUCAAGCUGAUUAAGAAUGAAAGUUCAGGACAUCUUGAGGAGGGCACUAGGAAGGCACUAGGUUGCCUGUCUCUGCCCUAAGAUCUGACACAAAGUGUCCUGAAGAAAUAUUGUGAUCCUGGACAAGCACUUCACAUGAAAAAUAACAAAGCUUAUGAACAGAUCCGAUAUGUUGGAGACUUGUCAAAUCACUAGUUAUAGUAUCUGUGAACAGAAGCAACAUAGUCCUUCCCGUAUCUAUUUUUUUAA